GAGCGCGCUUAUAUGGCAUUGGCAAGGCAAGCAGGUCCUGCUCCAGCCGCUCUCAGUUGUCCGGAGGCUCGUGAACCUGGAGAGCGACGGUAAAAAGAUCGGCAACUUCAAUUUGCGGCAUCUGCGAGGGUUAACAGUCCUAUUCAAUACUCUUCAAUAUUCUGCAACCAGAGAAAUCGCUCUGUCCAAUACACGCAACACAUGUACUCGUUGAUGUAGACGUGUUAAACUAGAAUCAGACUAAAAGGAUAAUUCGGAACCAAGAUUCAAAGGAAGAGGAGCGGUAUUUCUGAAGAAAAAAUGAUGGACUUUACCUCUGUCAUGCGGCUCAUUUUGGUGGCUCUGGUGUAUUUCAAUGCAUCUGCCAACAAAUUGAACGUCCCGCGCCUGCGACUCUCAUAUAAAGAGCUGCUGUCCUCCAACCGCUCGUGGCUGUUCUCUGGCCUGCGCUCUGAGCUGCAGCUGACCACUGUGCUUGUGGACGAGUACCACGACACACUCUUCCUGGGGGGGAAGGACACACUCUACUCUCUGCACCUGGAUCACACACACACACAUGGAGUUGUGAAAGAGAUCUACUGGCCCCCAUUGCCUGGAAACAGAGAGGAGUGUGAAUCGAAUGGCAAAGAUCUAGAGACGGAGUGUGCUAACUUUGUGCGGUUGCUGCAGCCCUUUAACCGAACACAUCUACUGGCCUGUGGCACUGGAGCCUUCAAACCUGUGUGUGCCUACGUGAGAGUCGGUCACCGUGGAGAGCACGCAUUUUCUCUGGAGCAUUCCUCAGUGGAGAAUGGCAGGGGAAGAUGCCCUCAUGACCCCAACAUGCCCUUUGCCAGCACCUUCACCGGUGGAGAGUUGUAUACAGGCCUGACAGCUGAUUUUCUGGGCAGGGACUCUGUGAUCCUCCGGAGCAUGGGCUCUCGAUCUCCCAUGAGAACAGAGACCGACCAGCCAUUACUGCACGAGCCCAAGUUCAUAGCAGCUCACCGUAUCCCUGACAGCGAGGAUCCUGAUGAUGAUAAGGUCUACUUCUUCUUCAGCGAGCGGGCAGACACCGGCAGCCGUGAGGGGGCCAUACACUCACGCGUGGGAAGAGUGUGUGUGAAUGAUGCUGGAGGCCAGAGGGUGUUGGUAAACAAAUGGAGCUCCUUCAUCAAAGCCAGGCUGGUGUGUUCAGUUCCAGGCCCCCAUGGCAUAGACACACACUUUGACCAGUUGGAGGAUGUAUUUGUGCUGCGCACCAAAGAUGAGAAAAACCCAGAGAUCUACGCCAUCUUCAGCUCCAUAAGCAAUGUGUUCCAGGGCUCUGCGGUGUGUGUGUUCCGCAUGGCUGACAUCCGUGAGGUCUUUAACGGACCCUUCGCUCAUAAGGAGGGACCUGAGCACCAGUGGGGUGCGUAUGAGGGCCGAGUCCCCUACCCCAGACCUGGAGUGUGCCCCAGUAAGCUGACGGCUCAGCCUGGUUUGGGUUACAGCAGCACUCUGGAGUUCCCCGACGCCGUGCUGCAGUUUGCCCGCGCCCACCCGCUCAUGUGGAGGAGCGUGCACCCCGUGGGCCGCCAGCCCCUGCUGCUGCGCACACACACUCCCUAUCGGCUCACACACAUCACUGUGGACCGCACACAGGCCGAGGACGGACCCUACGACGUCAUGUUCAUUGGCACAGAUGUUGGCACAGUGUUAAAGGUCAUCGCCCUGCGCAGCGGAAACACCCUGAUGCCAGAGGAAAUCACUCUAGAGGAGCUACAGGUCUUUAAGGUGCCAACUCCCAUCACCUCUAUGGACAUCGCAGUGAAAAGGCAAGCUCUGUUUGUGGGUUCCCGUACGGGUAUGGUUCAGGUGCGUCUGCACCGGUGUGAUCUGUACGGGGGUGUGUGUGCUGAGUGCUGCCUGGCGCGAGACCCCUACUGCGCCUGGGAUGGCAGCGCCUGCGUCCGAUUCAUCAACCACAACAAGCGCCGCUACCGCAGACAGGACAUCAGACACGCCAACCCAGCCCAGCAGUGCACCGACCAGAACCUCAGUGUAGAGGAACUGGACAUGGCUGACAGCAGGGUUGUGUAUGGCACAGAGAACAACAGCACCUUCCUGGAGUGUGUGCCCCGCUCCCCUCAAGCCUCCACCAGCUGGCACCUCCAACGGGAGGAGCACAUGGAGGAGGUAGUGUAUGAUGACAGAGUGCUGAAGCUGGAGGGGGGUCUGCUGUUCCGCCGGGUGAAGCUGUCUGAUGUGGGCGUGUACGUGUGUCGCUCACGGGAGCGAGGCUUCUCCCAGAUCAUCUCUCGCGUCUGGUUGGACGUCCUGAGGGGCGACGCCCUCUCGGACCUCCUGUCCAAAGACAGCAAGCACAGGCCCUGGCUCCCGUGCCCCGCCCACUCGGCCGGCCGCAGCCCGUCACGCUCCUGGUUCAAGGACGUGCUGCAGCUGAUUGGCCCACAGGGGCUUCCGGAGGUAGAGCAGUACUGCGAGAGGGUGUGGUGCAGCGACAAGCACCGCCUCCGGCGCAAACACAAGACCAUGAUGGAGAAGUACAAGCAGGCGCAGGAGUCGGCACGCAAGGCCCGCAACCGCACGCCCCGCGACACACACACGGCACACACACACACACCUAAGUGAGGGAUAGAAGGUUGCAGAGGACUGCUGGAAACAAGAACUUUUAAACAAAUCACACAAAGGGAAAGGGAUGACCCACUCCCAUCCUCACACACACACACACACACACACAGAGAUACACACACACACACACACACACACACACACACACACACACACACACACACAGACACAUAAAUAUAUGCACUCACGCAAACACACUUGUGAACAAAUACUCAUGGACCUUAGAUUCAUGCUGUUUUAACUGGAAGUGUUUGGGACUAAAGCUGGGCGGCAGCUGUCCAUGAAUAAGGGUGUACAAUCUUGCAGGCCUGUGAGUUCUGUGAGAAUUCUGGACUAUAGAAUUUAACUUAUUUAACCACACAAUGAUGUGUGUUAGCUGAUUAUGGACACUCAGAGAAACCUAUGUCUCUGUAUACUCCGUAUACACCCACUAUAUCACACACACACACACACACACACACACACACACACACACACACACACACACACACACACAACACACACACACACAUCUGAAGUGAACUGAAAUGAACUAUCUAACAUUUUUUUGCUAUAUGUGUUUACACAUUCAGCUAUGCACUUAUCUACUUCUCUUUGUUUCUGUCACUCGCCCCAUCUGUAGUCUGUCAGUCUGUGUCUCAGCUCAGUUUUCACCAGGACUUUAGCUGAGAGGAGUCUGUAUUGCCAACUCUUUUGAUUAGCCAAUCAGUGGGCUCAGUUUAGGGGAUAGGGUUAGGGUUAGCCAAUCAUUGGGUCAGUUUAGGGGAGAGUGGCAAAAAAGUGGCAAGUUUUGAAAAGAAGAAGAGAGCAGCCUCAAGACCAAUCAAAAUACUUCAGCUCUGAACUAUGUUCACUUCCAAUACCACUUACUGAAAGUCUGGUCAAAUCUGAUUCAGUCUCUCAUCCACAAUGAACACAAUAUCACAUGAUGAACACAAUGAACACAUGGAAGAAAUGAUCCAUCAGACUAAUCCUUCUAUGACACCAACCAUCUUCACAUUCAGAACUCUUCUCUUGGCACUGACCCUAAAGCCCUUGGUCUGGCUGUGGUAGUCUGCCAUCUUCACAUUCAGAACUCUUCUCUUGGUACUGACCCUAAAGCCCUUGGUCUGGCUGUGGUAGUCUGCCGUCUGUAGUUUCAGCUGAUUAACAAAUUGUAGUUAUCUAAAACAGUAAGUACUAAAGGACACCAUGACCUUACUAGUUGGUGGUAUUUGUGUUAUUAUUCUGCACAGGCAUUAGUAGGAAUGCUUCAGUGGUCAAGUUGUGCACGUUUAGAAUACAAGUCAAUUAAAGGCACAGUCCAUUAUUCUACUCCAGUAUACUUUCUGUCCAAAUCACUGAAUUGCUCCUCAUGGGCCUCUAGCUGUCUGCUCGUACACAAUUCUAGCCAAUCAACAUGUUGCCUCACGAGCACUGAAGGGAGGGGUGCAAUUUGUUUGGCUGUUGAGUUCAAAUAUCAACGUUUUACCAGAAUUGUGGACUGUACCUUUAACACUGCCUUGAAAACAUUAACAUACCACUUCAAAUAUUUGAUACCCAAAUGUUCAAAAUAUCUACACAUUUAUGUUGUGUGGUAGAACAUAAAUAAAGUGAUGCUGCAGUUUUCCUGUUUCAAUCCAAAUGUUUUCUGCUUCAAGGCUUGGAGGUUUGGAGUAGUUCCAUAGAUGUGCAGCUUUUUAAGCAUCUGUUCAAAUCAUUUCAAAUCCCAUAACUGCAUACAAUGUACAGAACCUACAGUGUUUCUUAUAAAUAAAUAUACUUUUAACACCUA